AUGACUAACUAUGAAUACAGUGUGGGAGGGAGAAUAUGGCUAGUGUGGAGAGAUGAUGUUUGUAUGACGCCAGUUUAUAAAUCUGAUCAGCUUAUAACUUGCUCUGUGGGGUUGCAAGGCAAGGAUGAUUUCUUUUAUACUGGAGUUUAUGCAAAUAAUUUGGCAGAGGAAAGGAAGGAACUAUGGGAAGAUCUUUGUCACCAUCAAGAUUCUGCUAUGUUCCGUCGUAAAGCUUGGAUGAUUGUAGGAGAUUUUAAUGAGAUUUUGGAUGGCGAGGAGAGUUCAGGGUUUCUGGAAAAUGGUAGGGUAUCAGGAGGUAUGAGAGAGUUCCAAAAUGUGGCUCUGCAUUGCAACUUAUCUGAUAUGGGUUAUCAGGGCUCUAUGCUUGGUGUAACAAGAGAGAAGAGGGAUUCAUAUAGGUUUUCAAAUGCUUAUUCAGUUUUUGAAGCGGGGGGAUGUUCUGAUCACUUGCGAUGUAAAAUUCAACUAUUUCCUCCAAAAGAGAAGUUGAGGAAGCCAUUCAAAUACGUAAAUGUUAUUGGGAGAUUGGAAGGAUUUCUUCCAUUAGUAAAGGAGUAUUGGGAUCAAACCCCUAUACUAUUUCACUCGACCUCUGCUAUGUUUAGAUUCUCGAAGAAAUUAAAGAAUCUAAAACCUCUGAUACGUCAGCUUGGUAAAGAGAAGCUGGGAGAGCUCUCGAAGAAAGCAAAAGAAGCUCAUGAGUUCCUCUGUGAGAAACAAAAGAAGACUCUUGAUGAUCCGAGUGCAAGUUCCAUACAAGAGGAAGCAGUGGCUUAUGAGCGUUGGCUUCAUACGUUUCAUAAUGCCAUCAGAGUUCGUAAGGCGCAAAACUCUAUUCGAGAGAUAAGAUGUUCUAACGGGAGUUCGGUUACUAAGCCGAAGGAUAUUAAAGAAGAAGCAGUCCGGUUCUUUUCAGAGUUUCUCAAUAAGUUUCCUGAUAAUUACACUGGUGCUACUUCAGAAGAAUUAGAAGAGCUGCUAAAGUUUCGUUGUUCUGAAGAGGAUUGUAGUUUGUUGGAGGAACAUGUGACUGCUGAGGAGAUACGUAAAGUGGUCUUUGCUAUGCCAUCUAACAAGUCGCUUGGCCCUGAUGGCUUCCCAAGCGAGUUUUUCAAAAUAACUUGGCCCAUUGUUGCUCAAGAUUUUACUAUAGCUGUUCAAUCUGUCUUCAGGUUUGGGUUUCUUCCCAAAGGAGUAAACUCCACAAUCCUGGCACUUGUUCCAAAGAAGACAGACUCGCUAGAGAUGAGAGAUUACCGCCCUAUAGCUUGCUGUAACGUACUCUAUAAGGUUGUUUCAAAAAAUUUAGCAAACAGACUCAAGUUGAUCCUUCCCCGUGUCAUCUCAGAGUGUCAGUCUGCUUUUGUGAAAGGAAGACUGUUGAUGGAUAAUGUCAUGUUAGCUACUGAGCAUAUCGAAAGGAGACUGUCUCGCCGAGAUUCUGGAAGCAAUAGGGGUCCCAGAAAGGUUUAUACAUUGGAUAAAGCUGUGUAUAUCAACUCCUUCGUUCUCGGUUCAGGUGAAUGGCGAGCUUGCAGGAAGAUUGAUAAGGCAGUGCAUGAGAGGAAGUUUCAGUUUCAUCCUAAGAGUAAAAAUCUUUCUCUUACUCAUCUAUGUUUUGCCGACGAUCUAAUGGUGUUUGUAGAAGGAACGAAAGAGUCUAUUGAGGGAGCAUUGUCUGUGUUUGAUGGUUUUGCCAAAUGGUCGGGCCUGAGUAUCAGUAUUGAGAAGUCGACGGUUUAUAUGGCUGGUAUUCAAGAGGACGAAAAGAGGAGAAUUUUGGUGGGUUCAUGGAUGUGGAGGAAGAUGUUGAAGCUUAGAGAGAUAGCGAAGACAUUCUACAUAUUAGAAAUUGGCAGUGGGAGACGCAUCUCUUUUUGGUAUUAUUGCUGGUCUGAAAAGGGUGUGAUAUUUGAUCUUGCGGGCGAGAGAGGGUUUAUUGCUUUGGGUAUAAGAAAGGAAGCCACUCUGGAGGAAGCGGUGCUGAAUUUAAGACGGAGAAGACAACAUAGAUCAGAGGUUUUGCGAGAGAUAGAGGAGGCUCUUGAAUCUGUGAGAAGUAAGAUUCAGAGUGAGAAGAUGGAUGUCAGUAUCUGGAGGAGGAGGUCGGGGUAUCGAGAGAUUUUCUCAACAAAUGAAACUUGGAUGUUGUUAAGGGGGACAAGUGUGCAAUGUCUAUGGACACGAGGGACUUGGUUCUCAAUGGCUACACCUAAGCAUGCAUUCAUGACAUGGUUAGCCAUGAGGGGAAGAUUAUCCACCAUGGGCAGGGUAUCGAGGUGGAGCCAGGGGACAGAUACUACCUAUGUGUUGUGCAAGACUGAUGUGGAGACUCUAAAUCACUUAUUUUUCGAAUGUUCUUAUGCUACGCAGCUGUGGGAACAUCUCGUAAAAGGUAUUUUGGGUAAUGCUUUCACAAAUGGUUGGUCUGAAAUGGUGAGGAUAAUCUCGAGUGGGGGUUAUGAUAAGAAGAGUAUUUUCUGCAUAAGAUACGCCUUUUAA